AUGCCGGUGACCGAACUCGCCCUCCUCCGCCGAAAAGCGCAAGUCCCCUCAUCUUCCGCAAAAAGUACUCUCCUAGAAGCUCAGAAGCUGCAGACAGAAUACUCAGGCCAUCAAGUCACUUAUCUCCGCCAGAUCGAAGACCCUGAAUCAUUUUAUCUGCUGGGUGGAUGGGAAUCUGUUGAGAAACAUACACGGGGAGGCCAGUGGAUUCAAUCCGAAACCAACCAGAAUCUUCUUGCGAAGGUAAAGGACAGCCUUGAUAUUAGCUGGAUGUUUCACUUGGAUCUUGAUCCAUCCACAUCCAAAAUCCCAUUGGAUGCACCCAUUAUCGCUAUAACUCGAUGCUUUGUCGAGGCAAGCAAGAAGGAUGAAUUUGAUGCUGCUUUCAAGGUUGGCCUGGCUGACUUGAAUGCCUAUACGGCACCGUUCACUUCCUGCGGUGGGUGGCGCAUCGAUAAAGAGGGCGAAGAUGAGGAGUUUGUUCUUUUCAGCGGGUGGAAUAAAGUCCAGGAUCAUUUUGAUUUCGCGGGAUCAGAGGCUUCUACAGAGUUCAAGAAGAUACAGGCGCUGAUGAAGGGUGCGGAGGGUAAGCAUGUACAGAUUGAGAAAUGGGAGUAA